AUGCCUCAAUCAAGCGCCUUUGCCUCGAAGCGGGCUCCCAAGGGUUCCUCCAAAACCGUCCGUCCCUCGACCCCGGAUGCCAACAUUAUGCGCCAACUCGAAAUGUCUCCCAAGACAUCAAACCAGAACAAAAAGCAGAACAACGGUCGGAUGGGUGGACAGAACUCAUCUGGUCGGAAGAGACGGGCAUCAACAUCUUCCGUCUCAAGCGUUUCGUCUGUUUCAUCGAUCGACGACCUCGACCUCGAGGGCGGCCUGAGUGACGAUGUGGACGAUUCGGAUGAUGAUGCAGAUGACGAGGAAGACCGUCCACGGGCUGUCGCCCCGUCCUACGGUCGUCGUCCAUCCAAUUCCCGGAAGACGGGGCGCCCACCAGCCAAAAGCAAAAGAAGACGAGUCUCCCACGACGAAGACUCGGACAGUCAUUUCAUCAGCGAUCCUAGCGAUUCCGACGAUAGCUCGGAUGAUGUUUAUGCCGCAGUAGACUAUAUCACCGAUGGAGACGAUGAGGAAGGUGAUGUGGAAAAGAUGGAGGAGCUCAUGAUCAUGGAGUCGGAGAACAAGCACCGCGUCCUGCCUACAUCGGAACUCUCUGAGGCCCAAUGGGUCGGCUCUGAGAUGUUUGGCGAUUCGAUGAUGCUCCCCGCUGCAUCCUUCUUUGACGAGGAGCAGCUUUACAGCGCCAUGGAGACUUUUGGCGAAACCGAUAUGGCCAGCGAGGCCGUUGAAACCCCCGUGGCUCGUCGAGUCCACUUCGAAGAGCGGUCAGAUUCAUCGUCGGAUAGUGACUCUCACUCCGAUGACGAGAUUCCGGGUGACUUCCUCCAGCAGGAUGCCCUGGACCCACAACUGCGUCGCAUGAUUGAAAACGACAACAACGAGUACUACCGCAGCCACCGCCAAAAGUCUGAAGAGAUGUAUGGCGAUGCUGACUAUGGCCACGGAAAUAUUUACCACGUGGAGUCCGAGGGAACGUCCGAGGGCAGCCUCAGUGGUUAUGAGACUGAUGAUGGUGAUACCACAGAUGAAGAUCUGCCUCCUCCCGCUACUAUUACUCACCCCAGAUCCCUUCUUCGCCGGGACUCUACCGACUCCCUGGUCGCCCCUGGCGAGGACAAGGCGGACACUAUCCCCCGCCGCCGCGGCCCCAUCAUGGGAACCUUUGUGGCCGAUCCCCACAAGCCUGUUGCGUUGGUCGACUGCACUGGCAAGCACCUCGUGAUUAUUCCUGCAUAUGCCUCCUCCCGUCACGACUGGCUGGAUUCGGCUGCCAACAGCAUGCCUGGAACCGCGAACAACAGCCCUCGCCAGACUACCCUGCAAUUGAUCGACGAGAGCGACACUGAUGCCCUUGCAUCCCCGAACCAGACUGAUUUCAGUCCCAUGCUGGCCUCCAGUGCCAAUCUGAUGAUGACUGCCCUCGGCAACGACUUGACGCCGGGUGGGCAGGUCAUGGGCCCCCCCGAGGCCUUCUACCCCUCGCAGGACUUUACCAUUGAUAGCUCUUUCGAGGAUGAUGACGAGGACGAUCCCGAGGCUGCUCUCAAUGUGGACGAUUUCAUCGACUUCGGCAAUGGGUCCUCGGAUGAGGAAGACAAUGACCAUGACAAUGACAACUUCAACGGUUUCGAUGAUGACGCUCUCAUCUCCCCAAUGGCCACUUCAUCUAUGCAGCCUAUGGGCACUCCUACCCCAAUCCGCAACUCGGAGUCCCAGCAGGCCAACAACGCCGAGCGCUUCCUGAACCACUUGGACAAAGGUAUUGUCACCGCUUUCCGUCGCAACCACAACCGGUACCAGGCACUUCUCCGCCUCCCGCAACAUCGCGAGUUCAUGCCCGCCAACGCCCCCUCACGGCCUGCCAGUGUUUUCCGACACGCUAAGCAUCAAGACAUGCGCACUCCAGUUCGCAAGCGCAAGGCCAGUGGCUAUGCUGGUGGUGAGGCUGUGCGGCGCAAGCUCAUGGAUACCCAUCGGCGCACCCAGCUCCCAUUCUGA